UGCAGUUAUAGAUUUGCAGCUGCAAGAAUUGAAUACUCGAUUUGGUGAUGUGAACACUCGAUUGUUGGACUGCAUUUCUUGUUUUAGUCCAGCUAACUCUUUUGCUUCUUUAGAUAAAGCAAAGUUGAUAAGUUUUACUUAGUUUUAUCCCGAGUAGUUUCCAUCCAAUGUGCUCUCACGACUUCAUCAACAAUUGGGGGCUACAUUUCUCAUGUCAAGGAGGAUAAGAGCUUUGAUGGAUUUCGAGGAAUCGACGAGCUAGCUAGGAAAUUGGUGGAAAGGGGAAAUGACACUCUUUAUCCUUUAGUUUACUUGCUGUUAAAGUUGGUGUUGACCUUACCUGUGGCAACUGCAAGCUGCGAAAGAGCAUUUUCAGCUAUGAGAUAAUCAAGAACGAUCUUCGAAAUCGGUUGAGUGACCAAUUUAUGAAUGAUUGUUUAGUUGUGUAUAUUGAAAAAGAUUUGCUUUGCAGCAUAAGUGAUGAAUGUAUUUUAGAAACAUUUCAGCAGAUGAAAAGUCGUCGCGGUUCGUUGUAAACAUGACAUUAUGAACUUUAUGAAUUAAUUUCUUUUAAUUUUUAAUUAAUUUUUAAUUUAAUUAUUAUUUUAUUUUAUCGGCGACACACCUCUCCGACAAUCCUGGGUCCGCCACUGCGUAUUAUGUAUCGGCGGCAGGGUAGUUUGCCAGCCCCGCAGUACUGGUAGUAGGAGUAAUUAUAAUCUUGUGCAGCAGCAGCUAGGAGAUGAACCAGAACAAGAACCGCCCUUUGUUUAUUCCGAGUAUCGUUUCCGCGUGGUAUGUCUUUUCUUCCAGCGUGAUUUGUGUCGCGAAAUGCAGGUGUUUUGUUCCGAGUCUGGGGAAUGGUGGGAGAUGAAUCUUAGGAAUGCGGAGUUCGAUGGAUUGCCAUUCACCAAUGCGCUCACAUGGAAUGGGAAGCUGUGUUGGGCGGACUACGACGAACAUACGGAUAGCGCAGUGCUUUAUCGAUAUGAUCCUUUCCGGCCUUAUUCACCCGCUGAACCGAUGUAUGAAAAUUCUGGGUUGUGGGGACAUUUCUCGGUCUCGCAGGGUGCUCUCCACAUGGUUACAUUCAUGACUGAAGAUGCGACGAAAUCGUUGAGCGUUUGGAGACGGGAAGGAGACGGUUGGAGAAGGAAACACCAAACGGUGCUGAAGAUGAAAUCGCCAUCGUGGUGGGGCGACUACAAACUCGAGGAUUGUUUCGUGCUUGAUCUGCACCCGGAGGAGCCGGAAAUUGUCUUCUUUGAAUACCAGAAAUCUCCUCAAUGUAUCUUCUCCUGCAAUUUGAGGAAGGGGACGGGGGAGCCGGAGUUCUUUGCUGCAGCAGAGUUUUGUACGAGUGAUCCCGCUUGGAGGGUGCUGCAGCCUAGAGUCUCCUGCUGCUGGCCUACUCCGAUUCCGAGGUACGAGGAGCUGCGAGGUUUGUACGAUGGAAGCUACGAUUGUUGGGUUCAGCACAACGAUACGACAACCCUUCUUCCCUCAACAACGAUUGGUAAGUAGUUCGAAUUCAUCCUUUUCCUCAGCCUGCCAUUUUCAUCGAUUUCUUUUAUGUGGUGUGGGUUCUGAUAUUUUGCUUCCCAUCUCAAUUAUGUGAAGAAUACCAACCCUUAGUUGAGCAAUCUAGUCGUCGGAGGAAUGUUGAAGGAACCAGAAGGUCGGGUCGGGCUCACAAACCCAACCCAAAGUACCGGCCGACUUGAGUGCUUCAACUUCAACAAUCGGUUUUUUCUUCUCUGUCUCCACACUAUGGUUGUCACGCCGGCCGGCCGGCGUGUCACUGGUUGAACCUGGUUCAACCUAUACCGGUCAUAAAAUCGGUAUGACACCACCGGUAUGACCGUAUGAUCGAUGUACGAAUUUCUAAGUAAAAUGAUCUUAUAUUAGUGAAUUUAUUUGAUAAAAAAGUAAUUUAUUUUAUGUGUUAAAAAGUUAAAUGUUGAUGUUAUUUGUUGGAUUUAAGUACAAAUAUUUAGGUAUUGACGUUAAAUGUCGUGCUUAAAUAUGAGUAUUUGUAAAUUAUUUGUAAUAUUAAUCGGCAUGAACCGACACAAACCGGUAUGUACCACCGGUCGAAAAUUCGCACUUCCUGAGACGAUGAGGAACUUCCCCACUUCCCAGUGAUUGUGGGAAGGAAUCCUUCUGACUUGAGCUUGUUCAAGUUGAAGUGCAGUUGGAAGGACAGGGAUUUCGUGGACGCUGCAUUUACCUGGAGUUGGGCCGUAACAGUGUGGGCCUAAUAGUGGGAUCCGCUGGGCUCAUUGACCAUUCAGGCAUUUGGGCUCGAAUAAGUCAAAAGUCAAUUUCUACCAUGAAAAUAUUCUUUGUUUGUUUUUAUCUGUGUCGUUAACAAGGGAAAGUAGCGAGGUAGACGAAAUCCAUUUUGCAGCUGGAGAUGGAAUCACAAACUCAUUUUUUUAAAACUUUAAAGUAUAUCUAUAUAUUAAAUAAACUAAAUAUAGAUUU